CCCCUCGUGCUGAGGCCGGCCGCUCCCAGGCCUGCAAACAACAUGUCGUGCACCCAGGAAGACUCCGACUAGUGACGUCUUGCUGCUCGGUGAGGAGAAGAAGAAGUGGAUGGAUGCAACAUGGGCUCAGACGAGGCCUACAAUUUUGUCUUCAAGGUGGUCCUGAUCGGGGAGUCGGGUGUGGGCAAGAGCAACCUGCUGUCCCGCUUCACCAAAAACGAGUUCAACCACGACAGUCGCACCACCAUCGGCGUGGAGUUCAGCACGCGGACGGUCCAGCUCAACACCUUUGCCGUCAAAGCCCAGAUCUGGGACACGGCGGGACUGGAGCGCUACCGGGCCAUCACCUCAGCCUACUACCGGGGGGCGGUGGGCGCCCUGCUGGUCUAUGACAUCACCAAACACCUGACCUAUGACAGCGUGGAGCGCUGGCUGAAGGAGCUCUUCGACCACGCCGACCCUCACAUCGUGGUCAUGUUGGUGGGCAACAAGUGUGACCUGGAGUCCGACAGGUCGGUGCCCAUGGACCAGGCCAAAGACUUUGCAGAGAAAAGUGGCCUGUUGUUUCUGGAGACGUCCGCUCUGGCGUCGACUAACGUGGAGGUUGCGUUCAACACCGUCCUAACAGAGAUCCACAAGAAGGUGAGCGGCAGGGAAGUGGUGCGAGGCUCCAUCAGCGCCGUGACCCUCAGCCCCACCAUAGUGCCACACCCGGAGGAGAAGAAGCCUUGCUGCAAGAACAUCUGAGCACCCUCAGGGGAGGCGGAGCACAGAGGAAGGAGGGCGGGGCGGGUGUGGUCGGACCGCCCCCUGAGCCCGGCGUGCACAUCCAACGACUGAUUAGGACUUGUGGAGGCUGCACAUUGAUGAUUCAUUAUUAUGAAUUCGUACCCUCCCGCCAAUUGAUCCUCUGGGUGAAACAUGCAACUAGGUGUCAUUAUGUCCGUCCACAAAAGAAGAAGUUGUAAUAUUUCAAAAAGAAAUGAUUGGUGUUUUUUGCUUGGUGGCUAAUAGUUGAGGUGCUGUCGCUGCUGGGUGUGACGCCACAAAUAAAGCU